AAUCAUUCUAUCAGUCAGAUACUUUGUAUACCGCAUCAAAUAAUAUAAAUCAUUCUACACAUUUAUUUUAGAUCACCAAAUCUAAUCUUAUUAAUACUUUUUUAAAUGGCUGAGACCGCCGAGUACAAGCCUGGCGAUUUGCCAUAUGCAGAGCAAGAUGAUCGAAAACUAUUUUGCAAGUUUCACUACAAAGGCGUACUCAUUUUAGUCAUUCCACUCAUAUUUGCCCCUAUACUGUUGGCAGAGAAUCUAUUGGUAUCUCGAUUUAUCUACCUUACAAUAUGUCUAUAUCUGUACUACAUCCUCAACGUUAUGGCUCAAGGAGCAACUGCAUUUAUCUAUAUUACAUUCGUUCCUGUUUUGGGCAUUGCGGGAUCGGGUCCUGUCAGCAAUUCGUAUUAUACAGAUCUAAUAUUUUUGACAUAUGGCAGCGUCAUUAUGGGCGUCAUGAUGGACACUUCGAAGCUUGGUGAUCGUCUCGGCAUAUUGGUCAUUAAAAUUUGCGGUAGCAACAUCAGAAUUCUUCAGAUUUUUCUGGUUAUUGUCACUGCGGUGUCAUCCAUUUUCGUGAACUCCACAGUCAUGGCGGCUUUUUGGAUGAAGGUGGCUAUAGCUGUGAUGACUGAAUUCAAUGACGCUGGAAUUGCUAAAAUGUACUCCGACGAAGAGCCCUACGAGCGUGGAUCAAAACCUUAUCCGUCACGUCCUGCAGUGGGAAUUUAUUUAACUGUGUGCUAUGCUUCCACCCUGGGAGCUAUGAUUUCGCCACUACAGGACCCAAAUGACGCUCUAAUCGACAUUUUCAACAUGAAUUUGAAUGGCAAGGUUGGCGCUGAAAGUUUUCUAGUGCUGUUAAUUGUUCCAAUGAUUCUUAGUAUGAUUGUAUUGAUUGUGUGGAUCAAUAUUAUGUUCCUGGGACUGGCAGGGGGCAGUGUGAAGCAGGAGCUGGCCGAGGGGGCUGGAAAUAAGGAUGGACUCAAACAGGCCAUGGUCGAUAAGCAGGAGAAAAUGGGUCCCUGGACAAUCCACACCAAAUUGUCCCUCGCCUUGGUUCUUCUUACAUUUCUGAUGAUGAUGACGCGGAAACCUCGCUUCAUGGACGGAUGGGAUACUAUAAGCGAAGUUACGUCUAAUGGACCCUCCGUCGCUAUCAUUGGAAUGAGUAUUCUGUUUUUUGGCGUUCCUGCCAACUAUAUGUUCUGCAAAUAUUACAUGUGUCGCCAGCCUAAGAAAGAGGGCAGUGUACCAUCUCUACUGGGCUGGAAGGCGGUGAAUUCCAAUACACCUUGGGGACACAUAUUCAUGCUGGGUGCCGGAUUCAGCUGUGUGUUUAGUGGUAAGCAUGCCGGUUUCUUUGAUUACUUGGUGGACUCGGCGGUAAAAAGUAAAAUGGGCAAUGGAACUGCCAUGGUUUAUGGUUCGGCAUUGGGAACUAUACUGACGAUCUUAUCACCAGCCACCACCUUAGCUAAGCUCGCUGUCCCCAUUAUGUUUGGAGCCGGUAAAAAGUUGGCCGUACCAUUUGCCGCUGCAUUGCAUAAUCAGUUUAUGCUACCAACCAGUACACCGUCCAACACGAUUAUUGCCGGCUGGGGCAAUGUCAGACCUUAUCAGUUUCUAUUAGGUGGCCUGGUACCUACCAUAUUCAUGUUUAUAUUAAUUUUGGGCUUUACCAUGGCCCUGGGAGGCACUGCAUUUUCCGGUUAUUAAACUAAUUAAAAUACAAAAAAACAGCAACUAAUAAAAUCACAAUCAGCAUCUUAA